CAGAGCUUCAGCAGUGUUUUGUUGUCAGAGCAGAGAAGAGGCGCUGGUGUUUGUGAUGGAGCCGGACAGUAAAGAUCAGUACCGGAGUCCCGGACUGAGAGGCAUGAAGAGCACAACGUUAUUCAGAGCAGUUAAUCCAGAAUUAUUCAUCAAACCUAAUAAGCCGGUGAUGGCGUUCGGUCUGGUCACCCUUACGCUGUGUGUGGGGUAUCUGGGUUACCUGCACGCAGUGAAGGAGAACGCACAGGAGCUCUACGAGGCCGUAGACAGCGAGGGGGAGAGAUACAUGCGCAGGAAGAGCUCCAAGUGGGACUGAAGGGGAACGUUGUCUUCUGUCCACGUCAGUUAAACAGCAAACAGAGACGUCCAGAGACUUAAUACAUUAUGAAUUAAUGCAUUAAUCAUACAUUAUUAUAAUGAUUUUGCAGGAAUCCCUGUUUCCCAGCUCUGGUCAGUAGCCCGCUGGACAGGUUGGGGUUUUGCUCUAGUUUACCUGAUUGAGCUCCGUAAUGUGGCUCAGGUGUGUUAAUGUGUAUAUAAGCAGCACAGAGAGAUUUUGUUUGUUAUAAUAAACUGUUUAUCGGUGCU